AUGGAGGCCGACCGUCUAUCCCAGGAAUCGUCUCAGAGCUCGGUUAUGGAGGCCUCAGCGGGCGGUGGUGCUGACAAGAAACGAAACAAACUCGGAUACCAUAGAACUUCCGUCGCGUGCGUUCAUUGCAGACGAAGAAAGAUCCGGUGUCUUCUUGCGCCUGAAGAUCCCCAGGGUCGCUGUGAAAAUUGCAUCCGGCUGAAAAAAGAAUGCCACUUUUACCCCGUAGACCAACAACCUCCGAUGGAGAAGAGGGGUCGCGCUGGUUCCAGAGCAGAUGCCUCAGCUUCGGACGCGUCCAUGGUCACCACCCCUACCCUACUCGGGAGCGGGCCGAUCGUUGAACAGAAAGAGUCUUAUUUUCCUUAUCCGGGAAUACCAGUCAACGCCGCGCCGGAGCUGGUAGCAUUCAAUUCUGGGGCGUAUGGAGCAGUGACCAUGUCUCCGUACUCGCCAGAUAUGACUGUAUCUCACGGCCUUAAUCCAAUGCAACCGAUGGCCCAGCCAGCAACCUGGGGUGCCUCGCUGUAUGAUCAACAACCUCCUGUAGUUCCUCCUACAGUCCAAUCGAGUCCUGCGGGCGCGGGAGCUAUGUGGGAUCGCGGAAUACCGUUGAGUGCUCCUAUGGCUCCUCUUUCUACGAUCGGCGCGCCUGCGAAUCCGGCCGGGCUUGUGUCGUCUGGGCUCGCGGGGAACAACGCGUUUAACAUGAUGCCGGAUAACCCGCCCUGGAGCUUGCAGUCCAGCGCGACGAUGCCCAUGUCGAGUCCCGAAAGUACAUCCUCAGGGUACGCCGGCUCGAUACACGCUCCGCUUUCGUCGGAAUACAAACCCCAAAUCAACCCCAGUAACAGAGCUUACUCGCUCCCCAUAAUAUCGCCCGUAUCCGGGCUCCCACAUUCCGCUAUACCAGUCUCGUUCGACGGCCAGCAUCAGCCUCUCGCGUACCAUACCUGGAGCGCCAUGAGUGGACCCGAUAUGUCCACAGGCCAGACAGUAAUCCCCGGGCUUCCAGACUCGAUGGCGGGAUGGUACGCAGGAGACCCGGCCCAGUACGCGCACAUGAAACAAGAAGCCCCAAUCGUGACGACUCCUCUCCACCCGUUCGACUCUGGCACUCCGCAUCCGAUGCAAAACCCAUAG